AUGGACUUUACGUUGCCACCGAAUAAUCCAGAAGCUGCAAAAUAUUCUCAGCUGGGUAGAGCUGCGCUUUCCCUACGCUCUGUGGCAGAAAACCCCCAGAUUGAGACUAUUCAGACUCUCGCGCUCCUCGGUGGCUAUCGCCAUAUGGCAGGUGGCAAAGCCUGCAUUGAUAGUGCCUGGUCCUACGCGUCUUUCAGCAUCAAGCUAGCCCAAAGUGUAAGCAUUUCUCUCUUCAAUCGAUGGUACCGUGACUGCGCCCUGUGGGGUCUGGAUACCAAGACGGUACAGCGGCGUAGGCUGACUUUCUGGUCGAUGGCGGCAACGGAGAUCUUCUUCGCUUUACAUACAGGACGCCCGCCUUCGUGCUCGUUGUCAUAUGUAGACUGUGAGUUCCCUAUCUACGACGGGCAAAAUAGCACCAAAGACGAAGCAGCAACUCAACUGUUUAAACUGUGGCACUUCCGCUCUCUCAAGGAAUGGAUAAUUCCAGCUUGCCAACAUAUGAUGGCCGUCCCAGGUCCAAAUUACCAGAGUUUGCUUGCACUCGAAAGAAAAAUGUUGCAAGAGACUCCUCCCAGCUUCGAGUUCUUGACUGACCCAGACACAUCGGGACGGCCAUCUAGGGAAGCACGAAGCUAUAUAAUGUCCCUGCUGCGGGUAAAUACCAUGAUGUACAUUCAUCGCAGCUUCUUUGCGCAAGCAAUCCUCGAUAAGCCAGACAAUCCGUUCCUAAGCCCAUAUGCGCAUUCGUAUCUUACAGCUUAUCGCUGUGCUUCGACCCAACUCUCAGUCAGCUUACAUUUCUAUAACAAAUGCCCACUAUUCUUCCAACGCCUAACACCGUUCUGGACGAAUGCUUUCACGGCCGCCGUGAGUUAG